AUUCGAAAUAGUUUCAUUUUAGUAGCCUGUUGGUAGUUUUGCGUCGGGAUCAGUCAUGCCCAAGACAAUGCCCAAGGUGCAUAGCUCGGACGGGGCCUCCGCUACUAGCUCUGAGCUUUCGACUUCCGACGUAAUGGCUCAACUGUUGACGACUCUGCAGCAACAACAGCAAGCCCAUGAACUAAACACCGCCGCCCAGUCUGCCUCCACUGCGCAGCUUCUGCAGCAGAUCACGGCAACGGUCUCGGGCCUGGUUCAAGCCGCACCAGCGCAGGCUCCGGCGUGCACGCCGCCGCUGCCGAAUUUUCGUUCCCUGAACGAUUCAGACGAUGCUGACGCCUGGUUCACCAUGGCCGACCGUGUCCUCACUGGUCAUGGGAUCGCACCAAAUCGCUUCGCGCUAGCCAUAGCUCCUCACCUCACUGGCAAGGCUUUGGCAGCAUACAACGCGAUGUCAGCAAACGACACCACGGACUUUGCUGUCGUCCGUACUGCCGUGCUUCGCCGGUUCCAUGUCGAUGCGAAGCACUAUAGGAAAAAGUUUCGUUCCGACACUCUAGGUGAGAGUACCUCGUACGUGGAUCUGGCUACGCGUCUGACCGAUAUUUUCAAUAAAUAGAUGGCUGCUGAGAAUGCUGGCGAUGUCGCUGCUGUACGCGACGUUCUGGUACGAGAGCAGCUCAUCGCUACAUUGUCACAGGACGCACGUACGUUUGUGUUGGAGCACGAGGAUAAAUCUGCCUUGGACACAGCCAAGCUAGUGGAUACCUACGUCAGUGCUCGCCCUCCACCAGUCCAAGGCAUCUCCGCAGUUUCUUCUGGGUAUGGCAAACCCCGAUCUGCCCAACCAGCCCGUACCUGUGACUUCUGUGGUGGUCCACAUCACGCACGUUCGAUAUGUCCAGCCAGGGAGAAGUCGUGCUCUGCAUGCGGCAAAACAGGCCAUUAUGCCAAAGUAUGUCGUACCACUAAGCGCCGCACAGGCAAGGUCGACCAGUGCGACCAGUUGGAUGAGCCACAAGAGUGUACACUGCCUGCUUCGGUGUCUGCCUCUACGCUGUCUGCUUUUGACGUGACUCCUCUGUUCCUGGGUGCCGUUUCAUCCUCAGCCAAAGCAUGGUACGUGGAUGUGAACGUCAAUGACUCCUCGAUCCGCUUCAAAGUGGACACUGGCGCGGAGGUCACAGUAAUUUCCAGUGCAAUCUACGAGUGCAUGACGGUUCGACCACCGUUAACACCGUGCCAUAGUGGAUCGUUCAGCGCUACGAAUGACCAGCUAAGAACACUCAGUCAGUUUUCAGCCACGCUCACGCGCCCAGGCCAGCCACCAGUGACAGCGCCAGUUUACGUUGCACAGGGCCUGCGCUACAGCCUUGGCUGUUACCGUAGGCAUGUCACUCUCUACCGGCGAAUCCUUCACCAGCAGCGAAUAUACGAAGCAAUCAAUGAAACGGCAGAUCCUGAGUGCAAGGUUCCGACUUCAGCCGCCAUUCUCCUUCUUCUCCAUCAAGACUCCUUCCAGUUUCCCGGCAAAAAUAUUCAUUUUCUGACUUGGACGUUUCUGGCCGCGUGCGUGGCAUGUUGA